AUGCCCGCCUCGGAGUUCGAAUCGACCAAGGCCAAACCUCUAGCUGCAGUCGACCUCGCCACGGUCGCCACCUCCAGCAACCACCCAUCAUCCACCACUGGGACUGCAACUGCAACUGCAACUGCAACUGCAAAUGCAACUGUGCCGUCGACAUGGAGUGUGGAUCCCUCCUUCCAGGACAUUGACUCGGACACCGAUUCAGAGGUCGAACCACAUGAUGACGACGAUUGGCAAGCCAUCAUGGAUGCAGGUACGUCAUCCCGUGCCGUUCGACAACAAGUAUCCUGAGCGCAAACUCGGUUCGUUGCAGCCGAAGCAGCCUUUUCAGAUGAUCAAGUCGACGAGAUGAUUUCUUACCUCAAGGAGAACGGCCUUUUCAACUUUGUGAACCGUUAUGUCGAUCAAGAGCACAUCCCGAUACCCAAGCUUUUGCUCGUUUUUGGGAUCCUCAUCGUCAGCGCGGAAUCGAAUUCCCAUCUGCCGGGUCCGCGAACCGAGUCGCUGAUCCCCUGCCAUGUUCAUACCGCGUGAACUACAGCCCCCCCACGUCGAUCGGAUACAUGAUCAAUUGAGGCUACUCAAGAUCGCAGCUUCGAGGGUGUAAGCAUCAAAAUCACUUCCCAAGACGGGCAGAGUGUGAAAUGAAACUUAUCCCUUCCCCACAGACUGCGCAACAGAGAUCGACUCGAGCAAUACAGCACCGUCGACGACGUCGUCGAACUGAUCCGAAAAUCCAAGAACAUCAUGGUACUCACCGGAGCAGGCGUAUCUGUGCGUCUUCUCUCGUGCCUCCCGUCUGUCGAAGGAGGAUUCUCGACUCACCUCACUGCCUCCCCUCUACCAAUCGCAGACGUCGUGCGGCAUCCCUGAUUUUCGAUCACCGACAGGGUUAUAUGCAAGACUAAAGGAGGAGCACUGGGAAUUGGACGAUCCUCAACAGGUGCGUGUUCAUACCCUCUGCUUGGCCUAAGGGGCACUCGAGCGGCUCCGUCGUUUCAAGGUCAGCACAGACGCUGAGGCGCUCCUUCGUCGUUCGCCGUGUCUUGGUUGGCAGAUGUUCGAUCUGGACUACUUCAAGGAAAAGCCCAACGUGUUUUACUCGUUUGCCAAAGUGCUUCAACGACUGGCUGCCCCUUGGGUCCUUGUAGCAGAUCUCUGAACCUAUUUCAUCGACUGCCUUUCAGGAAAUCUACCCGUCCAACUUCACCCCUUCCCCCUGCCACCGCUUCGUCAAAGUCCUCGAAGACAACGACAAGCUUCUACGCAACUACACGCAAAAUAUCGAUGGUCUUUUCGAACGCACGGGCGUGCGCAAAAUGUUGAAUUGUCAUGGUGCGUGGCGUGCGAGAAUCUCUCACACCCAGGACUCGGUGUUUCUUCCGAGGGGCUGAUCUCUUGGGGCUUCUUGUUCGGUACGUACCGACAGGUUCUUUCGCCACCGCUUCUUGUUUGCGUUGUCGAACCCAGUUUCCCGGAUCGGCGAUCGAAGCCGACGUAUUCGCCUCUCGAGUUCCAUUAUGUCCUCAUUGUACCGCCUCGGACGAACAAGCAGCGCAAGCAGCUGCAACAGCAGCAGCGCAACUCACCACCCUAUCCAAGAAUGCAAAGAAGAAGAAAACCAAAUCCUCAAACGCAUGGCAAUCCGACGCUUCCGACGGCUCCCAAGACGACGAUGACGGUCUAGACCGUUCCGAAUGGUUCAACAAACCGCUCAUCAAACCGGAUAUCGUGUUCUUCGGCGAACCCCUCCCCUCGACGUUUGACAGGUCCUUACUCCUAGAUCGAGAACAGGUCGACCUCCUCAUCGUCAUCGGCACCUCGUUGAGGGUUUCGCCUGUAGCGACGAUCGUAUCGCAUUUACCGCAUUCGGUUCCGCAGGUGUUGAUCAAUAGGGAUCCGAUCACACAUGCGAACUUUGAUGUCGUUCUGUUGGGCGAUGGGGAUACGAUCGUCAGGCAUUUGUGUGAGAGAUUGGGCAAGGCGUUUGAAUUAGGCGGUGGGGUUGGGAUUGGGGGAGGGGGAGGUGGCGUUCAGGAUGAAGGGGAGGGUAUGGAAGGUCCCGAGAGGGUUGCGGAGAGUCAUGUGUGGUUAUUCAAGGGGAGUGAUAGGGAGAGUCGGUUCGUCAAGAUGGUCAGGCAGGCCUAUGAGGACGACGGGGACGAUGAGGAGGAGGAUGGGCAAGGGGAAGGGGAAGGGGAAGGGGAAGAGGAGAGACGGAGUUCGGAAGGACAAGAUCGAUCAGAAACACGAGAGGAAGGUCGUGAGGAGGAACAAUCGACCUUGGUCACAGCCGGUGACUUGGUCCGAUCGAAGAACCUCGAUUCGUUCGACGACGAAGUGUUAGAGAAUGCUACACCGGAUGUGAUGCAAGAUCCGAACGGGAAGCCCCAACCAAGGCGGAGCCGUAGUCCUCCAUCCGAUCCGGCAGAAGAAGCAGCGUCGAAACGGGUCAAAGUAGGUUAG